CGUGCAACUGUGUUCUCACAACGAGCUAGUGUCUGCGGAGAUGAGACUGCAAGUUUAGCUUUAAGCGGAAGUUUUUAAUCGUACGUUUUUAUUUUAGGCGUUUUGCGGCGUCUAAAUUGUAAAACCUCAACCAGGUCGGAUAUAAUGAAGUACAUCAUUGGAAUAGGGGGUGUGACUAAUGGUGGUAAAACCACCUUGACGAACAGGUUAAUUGAAGCCAUACCAAACUGCUGUGUGGUUCACCAGGAUGACUUCUUCAAGCCUCCGGAUCAGAUAGCAGUCGGAGAGGAUGGCUUUAAACAGUGGGAUGUGAUCGCAGCUUUGGAUAUGGAGGCCACGGUGAACACUGUCAAGGGUUGGAUUGAAAACCCAGUCAAAUUCGCCCGUUCCCAUGGUGUGCAAGUGACCCCAGCCACGGAAAUGGACGAUCCGGAGAGCCAAGUGCACAUACUCAUCGUAGAAGGAUUUCUGCUGUACAACUACAAGCCUUUGCUGGAGUUCUUUGACAAAUCGUAUUACAUAACCAUCCCAUACGAGGAGUGCAAGUUAAGGAGAAGUACCAGGCAAUACACCGUCCCCGACCCUCCCGGGCUCUUUGAUGAUCACGUGUGGCCCAUGUACCUGAAACACAGAAAUGACAUGGAGAACUGCGGUUUGCCGAUUGAGUACUUGGACGGCUUGAAAACAAAAGACGAAAUCUACAACCAGGUUUACGAAGACAUCCACAACACACUCCUGAAUCGUUUAUAGCAGGAGGAGGCUGCCGCCAAUCGUCUGUACAAUAUUGUAAAUAGGAAUUUUACAUGUGGCCUUUUUUAACAUGUACUUUUGUGAAUAGUUUGACUGGAAUGUAACUUAAAUAC